AUGUCUUGCUCAUCUCGCAUCUCCUCCACCAAGACUGGGAGCAGCAGCUGUGUCAGAAUGUCUACUAGUAGGAGCAGUGGAAGCAGAUGUGGCUUGGGGGGCAGCUCUUCCCGGGGCUUCAGAGGAGGAGCCAGCAGCUGUGGUCUGAGUGGGGGGUCUGCAGGUGGCUUUGGAGGCAGCUAUGGAGGAGGCUAUGGUAGCUGCUCAGGAGGAGCCUCAAGCUCUGGGGCUGGCUUUGGUGGGGGUUCUGGCUUUGGUGGAGGUUCUGGCUUUGGCGGGGUUUCUGGCUUUGGUGGAGGUUCUGGCUUUGGUGGGGGUUCUAGCUUUGGUGGUGGUGCUAGCGGAGGGUUCUAUAGCUACGGUGGUGGAAUGGGUGGUGGUGUUGGAGAUGGGGGACUUUUUUCUGGAGGUGAAAAGCAAACCAUGCAGAACCUCAAUGACCGCCUGGCCAACUACCUAGACAAGGUCAGAGCCCUGGAAGAGGCUAACACGGACCUGGAGAACAAAAUCAAGGAGUGGUAUGACAAAUUUGGGUCAAGAGAUGGUGGCUCUGGAAGGGAUUACAGCAAGUACUACCCAAUCAUUGAAGAUCUUCGGAAUCAGAUCAUUACUGCCACUAUUGAAAAUGCAGGCAUUGUUUUGCAAAUUGACAACGCCAGGUUGGCUGCUGAUGACUUCAGACUGAAGUACGAGAAUGAGCUGUAUCUCAGACAGAGUGUGGAGGCCGACAUUAACGGCCUGCGGAAGGUUCUCGACGACCUAACCAUGACACGCUCCGACCUGGAGAUGCAGAUCGAGAGCCUCACUGAGGAGCUGGCCUACAUGAAGAAGAACCACGAGGAGGAAAUGAAGACUAUGCAAGACAGCUCUGGAGGUGACGUGACCGUAGAAAUGAAUGCUGCCCCAGGAACAGACCUGACCAAAUUACUGAAUGAUAUGAGGGCGCAGUAUGAGGAGUUGGCUGAGCAAAACCGCAGGGAGGCUGAGGAGCAAUUCAACAAGCAGAGUGCAUCACUGCAAGCCCAGAUCUCUACUGAUGCUGGGGCCGCCAGUUCUGCCAAGAAUGAAAUCACAGAACUGAAACGUACCCUGCAAGGCCUGGAAAUUGAGCUGCAAUCCCAACUGGCCAUGAAAAGCUCCCUGGAAGGGACCCUGGCUUCCACAGAGGGAGAUUACAUGACUCAGCUCUCAGAAAUACAGCUGCAGAUAAGCAGCCUGGAGGAGCAAAUCUGUCAGAUCCGGGGCGAGACUGAGUGUCAGAACGCAGAAUACGAGCAGCUGCUGGACAUCAAGACCCGCCUGGAGAUGGAGAUCGAGACCUACCGCCGCCUGCUCGAUGGAGAGGGAGGUGGAUCUGAUUAUAAAAGCUCAGGAUCCAGAAACACAGUAUCCAGAAACACAGGAGCCAGGGCUUCAGGAUCCUGUGACUCAAGAGGUGGAAGCAGUUCUGGUCAAGGAAGAGAUUCAAACAAGACCAGAGUAACUAAGACCAUCAUAGAGGAAGUGGUGGAUGGCAAGGUUGUCUCGUCUCAAGUCAGCAAUAUUUCUGAAGUGAAAAUAAAAUAA